GAACUUUUCUCGGUUGGAGGUCAUGGUUGAUGCUAGGGAUGUUAAGAAUGAAACUGCAUCGUCUCCAUUGACAACCCAAAAACUUAUAUCAGAAGAUUCCAUUGAGGACAAAGAAAACAUGGACCCAGCAUCUGAAGGAACCACUGAUAGAGAUUUGGAGAUAGGGAGUAUUAAAGUUGAUGUAGAUGAUGAUGCUACUAUACAUGUGCAACAAACUACAGGGGUUCUAGUUGAACGUGAAAAAGAUGACCAUCUAUUUCUUUCUCCUGAUCAAUUCGGAUCUAAGAGCGAUAGAGUCAUAACAACCAAAGGUCUUGGAACCCCACUAUUGGAUAGAUUGGAAACAGUGUCAUCCAACAAAGGCUCUCUUUUCUCUUCAUCUGAGUCUCCUUCAUGUUUCUCUCUUGUUUGCUCGCCUCGCUUUUAUGCUAAAAGGGAUGGAAGUAACUUGGCUGUAGCAACAUCUGUGCAGUCUGUUCCUGCAUCACAGGUUGUAGGUGAAUGUUCAGGAAAUGGAGCUGGUCUUGACAACAACUAUAUAAGCAUGUAUGGGGAUACUCCUUUUAGAAGAAGCAUGGAAUCUCCAUCUGCAUGGAAAUCUCCGUGGUUUAUCAAUUCCUUUUUAUCCAGUCCCAGGGUCGACACAGAAAUAACAUUGGAGGAUUUUGGUUUCCUUUUUAGCCCGGGCGAGAGAAGUUAUGAUGCUAUUGGGUUGAUGAAGCAAUUGAGUGAGCAGACUGCAGCUACAUUUGCGAAUGCCCAAGAGAUACUGGGAGAUGAAACUCCUGAAAGUAUUCUCCGUGGAAGGUGUCCCAAGAACAUGGAAGGUGUCCCAAGUUCUUCCCUCUUAGCAUCUAGUCCUUUGACGGAGAGACGAACACUGGAUUUCAGCGAAUGCGGGACCCCCGGUAAAAAAGCAGAAAAUGGGAAGUUAUCAGGUGGUAGCGGCAGCAGCGCUAUUUCAUCAAGCCCAUCAUCCUACUUGUUGAGAGAAUGCAGGUAGCUUAG